CGAGAUCAAAAUGCAGUGUCAGCAAAUAUUGAUAAUCUUUUACUGAGAGGAAGUAGCCUAAAAAAUACCGAUUGGUGUAUUGGAUUAGUCGUAUACACGGGUCACGACACGAAAGUUAUGCUUAAUUCUGGAAAAAUGCAUUAUAAGGUAACAGGGAUAGAAAAAUCAUUAAAUAUGCUAUGUCUAAAGGUUAAAAACUGAUAUUAUAGUUUAGGUUAUUAUUGGAAUGUUUAUUUUUGAUCUUCUUUCCGCUCUGGGUUCCGGAUUAUGGUCAUAUUAUGUGGGUCGCUUCUUUGAAAUAUAUUUACCUACUCCUACCUUUCUAGAAAAACUGAAUUCAGAUAUCCAAGCUACUAUUAUUUCAUUGAUCACGAUUCUUUCAUAUUUUAUUUUAUACAGCAAUUGUGUACCUAUAUCUCUUUAUGUUAGCAUUGAAUUAGUCAAAAUUGGACAAAGUUUGUUUAUUAACUGGGAUAAAAAUAUGAUCAGUACUAAUAAUAACGUCAGAGGAAAGUGUAGAACUACAGCUUUGGCUGAAGAUCUUGGCCAAAUAGAACAUAUAUUGACUGAUAAAACCGGAACCCUUACAAUUAACUUCUUUAAAUUUAGACUUUGUUUAAUUGGAGAAAAAUUUUACUUGGAGGAAAGGACAGUUGAUUCAAUAAAACUGGAAAUACAUGGGAAGAUCGAAAUAUUCAAAAUCUAUUGCACUCUUGAGUUUACUAACGCUAGAAAACGGAUGAGUAUUAUUGUCGAAAAUAACGGAAAUAUUUAUUUGCUUAGCAAAGGUGCAGAUGAUGUUAUUUGUACAACCUGUGAGUUACAAGACUUGGAAAGAAUGAAAAUUAAACAAAAUCUUGAGGUGGUUGACUUUAUCAUCACUUUUCAGUUUAUUUCGUCAGAAGGCCUUAGAAUUCUCUGCAUGUCUUAUAAACAGUUGUUUAAGAAAGAAUUUGAUGACUGGUAUGAAAAAUACACAAAUGCAUGUAAAAUUAUUGACGGAAAAAAGUCAGAACGAUUAGAAAUUAUAUACAGCGAAAUCGAACGUGAUAUGAAUUUUCUGGGAAUUACUGGGAUAGAAGACCGACUUCAAGACGGCGUCUGUGAAACAUUGGCCAAAUUAGCUAGCAUCAAUAUAAAAGUUUGGAUGUUAACUGGUGACAAAUUGGAGACCGCUGUUAACAUUGGUUAUUCUUGUGGAUUGUUUAAUGAUACUCUUGUUGAAGUGUUUAAAUUGUCAGAAAAUAUAAAAGAAAGAUACAAAGUUGCGUAA